AUGUUUUUCAAGCCUCCCGCACACACCAGUGAGCCAACUACUACCAAUGUAGUUCAGGAGUUUGGUCUAAGUGUGAUAACAUUGCCUCCUCCCCGGCCUAACCUCCCUGGCAAAUGGUAUCUACUAUGCAACAGACAUUGGUUCCCCCGCAAUAGCAAAGGCAACAUCAAUCCUUAUUGGAUAUUGAUGUCUGAUGAAGCAAUCCUUCUAGCCACUUCAACGAAACAUAUAUAUAAAGUUGGACUAAUUUGCGUCCAACAAAAGGGGCUGUUUGAGGGUGUUCUUACCGUCCCGAUUCAAAAUCACUCUUAUUUACAACAACACGUCUUUGAUUUUAUUACCGGGCCCCUCUUGACCACAAACCAUCCACUGGCUCCUUGGGAAACACUCACCUACGGCAUUUGUAGAGGUAACAACGGAGUUUGGAGUCCCUUUGAUCUCAUUGGUUACCAAUUCAUUCAAAAGCUCACCACGCUACACUCAACAACACCCCCUAACUACAGCUACAAGUAUAUGUUACGGAUCUUGUAUGUGAUUCUGCGCCAGCCUGGACGUUACGCAUCUCUUGUUUUGAUACUCUAUCCCACCGCCACGCAACCCCUUGAUAACAAUCCAAUUGGUGUCACCUUCCUUGACAAUUCGCGACGGUUCAAUCCAGACCAAUAUUCCCAACUGGAUGUGAUGGCCGUUAUGCACUACUUGUGGGAGGUCUUGAAAAUCCCCCAACGUGCUGUGCGAUUCAAUCUCGAGCCAUAUAUACAGCUCUUGUCCAGUAUUGGGUCAGCUGUUACCGUGUGGCUCGAAAUGAAAGGCACAGCGCCAGCUACCGCAACCCUGCCGACUUACCAGAGCUUGUUCACCGGACUUCAGGCUGAUAUUGGUCAAUUAUUUCUUGGACAGGAGGAAGUAACAUUUCAAUGCGGCCCAUUCCCACUCAAAGACAACAUAACGGGAGCUGUGCGGUGGGAGAUACCACCUCCUCAAAUUCGGAGUUUUGUGACAAAUGUAAGGCUAUGCUCACAAUGGAUGUUGGCCUCGGAAUACAAGGAGUUUGAGACGCAAUAUGCUGGCCGCCAGCAAGCGUUUGGAAUUUUUGAGUUUAUAUAG